AUGGUGGGCUAUCUCGAUGGCAUCCAGGGCAAGACGCUCUACAAAAUCAUGAGUGCAGCUUGUGGUUCUGCUUUUAUGCUUUACGGUUGGGACGCCGGUGUUCUUGGUGGUAUUCAGGAGACCAAGGAGUUCCGCGCUGCAAUCGGCGACCCUCAGGGAGCAUUCAUUAUCCCUAUCAUCGCCGCCAUCUACAAUCUCGCGGCCGGAGUCAUGUCACUUUGCGUCAGUUUCUACGGAAUGCAAAUCGGCAGAAAGGGCACCAUCCUUCUGGGUUGUCUGCUCAUUUGCAUCGGUGCCCUUCUUCAAGCGAGUACCUACAGCGUUGGACAGAUCAUAGUCGGUCGUAUUGUAACUGGAGCUGGGAUCGGGAAUAUCGCUGCGGCCGUUCCUACUUACAUGGCCGAAAUGUCCCUUGAGGCCAAGGAGAGAGGACCUGAGGUCUCGUAUCAGCUUGCCCUUCUCAUCACUGGUGUGGCUCUGGCGUACUGGAUCGAUCUUGGCUUCGUUCAAGGGCUCGAUAGACACCCCUGGCUGUGGCGCAUUCCGUUGGCACUCCAAAGCUGCUUCGCAAUCUUCUCCGCUGUACUCUUGUUCAUGUUGCCUGAUACCCCGCGUUGGUACUAUGCCCGCGGCAAGGAGGCCAAGGGCGACAGGGUGCUGGCGCGUCUUCACGGGCUGCCAGUCGAACACCAGAAUGUUCAAGCCGUCAAAGCCGACAUCAUGGCUUCCAUGGAGGAGGAAGAUGAGACCGGCAAGAUCAGCAUCGUCUCCCUGUUCUGGGACAACACCGAGUUGCAGUUUGGCCGCCGUCUACGCACAUCAUUCCUGAUCAACUGGGCUCAACAGUUCCUCGGUAUCAACAUGUUGGUGUACUUCUCGACUCAGAUCUUCAGCAAUCUCAACUACUCUCCUCUCCUCUCUGGUAUCCUCGCUGGUGUUCUGAACACUGCCUUCGCAAUCGCGUCCUACCCUCCUAUCUGGUACAUUGAGAAAGUCGGUCGUCGUGCCAUGAUGAUCUGGUCUGCACUCGGUUGCGGUGUCUGCAUGCUCAUCUACGUGGUCCUCACGACCCUUCCAGCUCACAUGCAGUCGGCCGGUACGAACUGGGGUGCUGUCGCCAUCAUCAUUCUCUACGAGAUUGUUUUCGCCUUCGGCUGGCUCGGUACCUGCUGGAUCUACGGUCCCGAGAUUGCACCUCUAAAAUAUCGUCACGUUGCUGGCAGUCUCGGAGCUGCAGGUGAAUGGUUUUCGACCUUCGUCAUGGUCUUCGGUGGUGGCACCGGUAUUAACGCCGUCGGCCCCAAGAUCUUCAUCUGGCCCCUGUUGUGCUGCUUCCUCGCUGCCGCCUACGUCUACUUCUUGUGCCCUGAGACUACCGGCAAGACUCUUGAAGAGAUUGACGCCCUGUUCGCUCGUUCCCCCGAGGUCCGCGAGAGAUUGGAGCGCGACAUUGCCGCUCGCAGAGCAGGCGUCUUGCCUGGAAACGAGAAGUCGAUGUCCCGCGACUCUAGCGAUAUGUCAAAGAUGGAGGUCUCCAACAUUGAGAAGAUCUGA